AUGGCUGACUAUAAUUCCGGUAUCGCCAUAAUCUCUCCAGAGAAUCGAUACGUCGCCAUUGUCGAGGUUGUUCUAUUCUCGAUCAUCCAGCUGGUCCAAUUCCUCAUGAGGUACAAUCAGGAAUGGCGCUACUGGCACCAUAGGAAACAGAGACGCCCUGCACGGUGCUUCCUGUACUCAUGGUGGGGGCUGUUGGGCAUAUUAUCUCAGAUCCGAAUCGCCGACUCGGCCAUGGUGAUCUCCAAUCGCCAUCCAAACAAGUCAAUGCUCAUAGCAGAAUCCGUUCUGCAGACUAUUGGGCUCUCGCCUCUCUUGUUUGAAGUGAGUCUCGUUCUUUUGCGAAGUGGACAAGCAGGUCGCACCGGUCCCGGAAACUCCCGCUACCCCAAACAUGUCCGCUUCCUCCUCCACUUCUUUCGCUUCCCGGUCAUAAUUUCUAUUGUCCUGGUAGUAGUCGGAGAUUGCAUCGGAAUCCCCGGUUGUAUGUAUGCUGGAGGAGCAGUGUUUGCCGCCACUUUCUGUUUCGUGUGUGGUCUGGUGAGCUGGCUGGCGGUGACAUAUCGUUCCGUCCUCUCACCAGCCGGACAUAGUUGUGUGAUGAUAGUGCUGGGUGCUCUUCCUUUUCUGGUGGUUCGCGUGGUUUACUUUCUGCUAGCGGAGUUUGGUCCACGGAAAUUUAGCCCCAUCGACGGCAGUGAGGGUGUUAUGGUGGGCAUGGGACUGGUGAUGGAGGUCCUCAUUAUCAUUAUCUUGCUGCUAGCUCGUGCCGUAGCGGAGCCCCUGUGGCCGGCGAAGGGAGGCCCAACUGAUCCAGAGGUCUGAGGCUAUAGAUUUGGCUGCUGUUUCUGUGGCCAGCCACGGAUAGAUAAUCAUAGUCUAUGUAUCAUUGUCAUAUUGUGUUGUGAUCAUCCGAAGUUCUGUGGACGCACGGCCGCGUACACUUUCGAGAGCCUUUCCAGACGACCUUCAAUCCAAGCCCUCGUAGCGGGAUCCGCAACUUCAUAGGCCACCCUCAAAGGGAAUCCCAUGC